ACUGCCCUUUGCGAAGAGACUUGGUUGAAGCGUGUGCAGAGCCAUAUCCUUUUUACCUCUCGAAGAAACAGCGACGCUAGGCAGAUUUUUCUUCCAUACAGUUCUGGGUCGCUUUGGUCCUAUUUCAGUUCAAAAGCAUUGUUCGCUGAACGUUACUUGCCACACUAUUUUUCCUGGUACAUAAUGACCUCAGAUGAUACAUACGUGCUCGUUGACGACUUGAUGCAGGACCUCGCCGCAUUUGAUUCCGACGAGCCCUACAUGUCUGUCAUAGGGCCGACAAGCAUGGAGCAGCAGAGCUCACGAGAGAUUCAUUCCGUAGUGGUAGCCUCCAGAGGAGCUAUGAAUUCCCUCUGGGAUAAAAUCCAUAAUGGUCAGGAUGGAUGCACUCUGAGCAGUGGACCGAGUUCUUGUUUGACUGAUAUCGUGCAUCUCAACCUUCGAGAAGACGCUCAUGAGCGUUCCAGGUAUCAUGUCAUGCAAAGGCAUUUUUCCAAGUACAAAAAGAAAGAUCUUUCCUACACGCUUGAGGGUUACAACGAUGGAGCUCAGCACUUUUAG